AUGACAGACAUGAGCAGACUCCGUAACUCCGCACAGAAUCAAGGAGAAGCCUGGAUUGGACUGAACAACAACACAGGUGGAAACAGGACGUGGCAUUGGUCUCUGCCAGGAGUGGAAUACAUUCAUAAUGACAGCAGCUGGAAUCUGAAUGGAAGAUACGGUACUGAACCUGGGCCUGGAAACUGUGGGAGGAAAAGAGACAAGCUGGCAGAAGUUUCAUGCAACCAUACUACAUGGUUCAUCUGCUAUGAUGAAAAGAAGAAAGACAAGAAAACAUUGAAUUUGAUUGAGGAGAAGAAGAACUGGACACAGGCUCAGAACUACUGCAGAUACCAUCACACUGACUUGGCCAGUGGACUCGAUCAGGUAGAUGGAGAAGAAAUGAAGGCUCUGUUCAUUGGCCGUACCAUGAGUGUGUGGAUGGGUCUGUUCAGAGACAGCUGGAGGUGGUCAGAUAGGAGUAAUUCCUCUUUCAGAUACUGGGAUAUGCAGUUAUUCAAUGAUGAACAAAGCAACAAGAAAUGUGCUAUGACUCUGUUAAACAGAUCAGGAAAAUGGAGCUCUGAUGAAUGUGACAAAGAAAAACCCUUCUUCUGUUAUGAUGAUAAACUGAUCCUGAUCAAAGAAAACAAAACCUGGAAGGAGGCCUUGGAUUACUGCAGAGAGUCUCACAGGGGACUGGUCUCCAUCACUAACCCUUACCAACAGAGAUGGGCAGAGGUGAGAGCCAAGAAUGCCUCGAGUCCUUUUGUCUGGCUCGGCCUGCGCUACUCCUGCACUCUGGAUCUGUGGUUCUGGGUCAAUGACAAGCUGGUCUGCUAUGAGAAGUGGAGCAGAGAGGGAAAGACUGAGGAGUGUGGCAGGGCUGUGGGCAUGAUGAGAGGAGGACAGUAUGAGUGGGGAGAGCACAUGAUUCAACUCAGGGGUCACCAUCUUGCCCACAGAUACAUUGACACACAGGUUUGA